AUGGAGGAAGGUAAAUCGAAAACGAUUUUAGUUAGACAUAGGAAGACGGAUAAAAACAGAGUGUCUGGCGAAGGCGGUCGACAUAAAAAGAGAGGUAUCGUAUAUCAUGAGGAAGAAAAGUACCCAGGAUAUCCGGAAGGUCACCACCAUCAUGGCAGGGGUAGCAGCGGAAGCGUCGAUGAUUAUAUCAAAGGUUCUGCAACGUCGGAUGAGUACAGACGACGCAUGCACGAGACUCAAGAGAAAAUGCGAGAAGAGCGAAUGACUGAAGAUUCGAGCUACCUUUAUAAAAUCGUUGCUGCAGCAUUGGCACUGAUCAUUGUUCUUCUAUCAACUGUUGUUUUCUUUAUGGCAUCUCGUGAAGAUUUUAUCAAUGCGCCGAUGUCAGACUUCGCGAAUCGCUUGGAUCGCAACUCUGACGGUGGCCUCAGCGCGCACAUCGAUUGA